UAUAUAUUCGUUUUAUAUGCUAUUAAUGGCAGAGCAUCGUGCAAACCAUUUCGAUGAAUUACUCUACUAUUAUUUUACUCACUUCACAGAAACUUUGAAAAAAAUUGGUUAUAAUGGACGGAUACCAAAACUUAUGGAAUUACGGGAGCAACUGUUAAGACACAGACAUAACGCAAUUUAUAUGCUCACCACUUUCCUGCCGUUUUGGUACGCCUACACUUUAAAAAAAGUGGAUCCCGAUGAAUUGAUGAGCGCAAAAGAUGAUUCGCGUGAUGUGUUAUAUACAAACAAGGAUUACAUUAAAGAGUUACACACAAUUUUACCGAGGUAUUUGGAACUUGGCUAUCUUGAAAAUUAAGAUAGUCGAAUAAGUCACUUAUUC